UUACUCGAGUCGUCGUAUUCUCGCUUGCGUGAUCCGCCGGCUGAGACUGCCCACCGGCUACACUUCACUACUUCAGUAUCCCGCUCUGUGCGGGGUCACCCGGCGACUGCGGUAACCUCUAACUGGUCGCAUUAGUCAACCAAUCACAACCGUCCGUUCGUAAAACGGCCUUCCCUUUUGACUCCGACAUUCUUCUUUUUCUUUUCGUUUCUUUCCGAGCAGUUAUAUAAAAAAAUAAACAAAUAAAAGCCCCCCUUCGCCCUCUUUACCCUACUCCGUUUCUCUACCAAUUUAAUCAAUAAUUACAUAACCUCGUCUCCUCCUUCCCGUCGUCCUCCUCCUCCUCUUCUAAUCGUGAUCUAGGGUGAUCAAAGCUUUAGAUCUAUUGCGCUGCUGCGGACGAUGGCCGUGGAUCUGAUGGGGCACGCGAAGAUGAACGAGCAGAUGGUGAUCCAGGAGGCGGCAGCGGCGGGGAUCCGCGGCAUGGAGCGCCUCAUCCUGCAGAUCUCCCACCAUGAGGAGCCAUCGCCAUCGCCAUCGCCAUCGUCGCAGAUGCAGAUGGACUGCAGGGAGGUCACGGAGCUCACCGUUUCCAAGUUCAAGAAUCUCAUCGCCCUCCUCAACCGCACCGGCCACGCCCGCUUCCGCCGCGGCCCGCCCGCCCCUCCGCCUCCGCCUCCGCCUCCGCCGCGGCCGCAGGCCCUAACCCUGGCUCCGCCUCCGCCUAAAGCCCGAACCCUGGAUUUCGCCCGCCCGGCGAUGAGCAGCGUGUCGGCGCCGAUGUCGUCGUCGAGCUCGUCGUUCCUGUCGUCGGUAACCGCCGGCGACGGCAGCGUCUCGAACGGCGGACAGCAGCAGCCGGUUGGGCCGCUGGCCCUCCGCCUCGUCCCCGCCGGCUGGAAGCCGCCGCUGUCUGUGGCGCCGCUGAAGAGGAAGUGCGACGCCCACGCCCACGCCCACGCCCACGCCCACUCCGAGGACGUCGCCGGGAAGUACGGGGUCAACGGCGGCCGAUGCCACUGCUCCAAGCGGAGGAAGUUGCGGGUGAGGAAGACGAUUCGCGUGCCGGCGAUAAGCGCGAAGGCGGCGGAUAUUCCGGCGGACGAGUAUUCGUGGCGCAAGUACGGGCAGAAGCCCAUCAAGGGAUCCCCAUACCCCCGGGGAUACUACAAGUGCAGCAGCUUGAGGGGGUGCCCCGCGCGGAAGCACGUGGAGAGGGCGCCCGACGACCCUUCCGUGCUCAUCGUCACCUACGAGGGCGAACACCGCCACUCCCUAAACCCCCAGCACAACCACAACCCGAACCUCCUCCUCCUCAGCAGCAGAAGCAACAACAGCUCGCCAUCCGCUCCUACUGCGCCUCUCACGAUCGACUCCUUUCGCCCCGCCUGAUCCAUUAUUAUCAUCCCUUCCGACUUUCUUUCUUUUCUCCUUCUGUUUGUAUGAUUGGAUCGUCAGUUAAUAUUUUUUCCAAAAAACAUCUGUUAAUUCGGGCAGAACAAAUCACUUUUCUGUUCCAGUUAGCAAGUGUUUGCGGGGCAAAAGAAUUAA